AUGGAGCCGCCUAAAAAGAAGAGACGGCAUGGCCCUUCGCCUUCAAAGGACGUCCAAGAUGAAGACGAUGAUGACGAGCUUGCUUCGCAUCCGCAAGAGAUCAAAAUCCGACGAGAUCCGGAUAUUCAGUUUGCACUGAAGCGGGCAAACGCUAAUCAAAAACUCCAUGCCACCAUGGCCCACAUCAUCGAAAAGUACAGUCGCGACUUUGAAGGCAUUGGAGACGAAAUCGACAUGGCAACAGGAGAGAUCGUGGUGAACAAUGGCCACUUGCGCAAUAUGCGUGAUGAGGGCGACGUCGAAGGUCUUUGGGUGGAAGGCGAAAGCAACAUUGAUGUAGACGAAGGAAUCCUACUUGAAGAUCUCACCGACGAAUAUUCUGACAUCGAAGGACAAGCCAAUAAAAUCCGUGGUUCUCAACCCGAAAAUGAGAUUAGCCAGGUAUCAAGGAUAAAAGAAAACGACACAGAGGCAUAUCCGCAAGAUCAGAAUGUCGGUAUUGAUGGAGCGUCUAAUAAUGUUUCAAGUACCGCCAGCAGUCAGAAUGAAGCGCCACAAGACAAGAGUACAGCGCUACAUUAUGAGCUGCCUCACGACAAUCCUCGACUAGGUUCUCCAUCCUUUGGGUCUAUGCCUCCAUCGGCUUUUGGACCAUGGGGAAUGAUGCCUGGAUUUCCCAUGCAAGCUUGGGGCCGCGACGAUAUCCCCCCUUACUUCAAUAUGCUACCAAGCAUGCCUGGGCUAUGGUUUACAGGGGGCAGAUAUGAGACGGCCAGUAAUAGCGGGCAAGCUUCUAUAUGGGGUCGCAACUGGACAAGGAAAACUAAACGAGCUGGUUCCAUGAAGGGCUCCUUCAAAAGGACGUCUGACAAACAACAUAGCGACGCCGCGGCGGGCAUCGGUGCAGAGGCCCCGGAUAACGAUCAUGGAUCUGAAACCGAGAUAACGGGAGGAAGCCCGAACAGACAGGAAGCUCUGUUAUCUGAUCGAACCAUCAACACAAGUGAUGGGGAGGAUGGUUUUUUAUGCUCAGGAACCUCGGAUUCGACGCCUAUCGUACAGUCGAUCCCGGUUCCAUCAAGCGACAAGGCUCUUUCUAAGGAUCCCACUUUACGUGAUCCUCCCCACAAGAUUCUUGAAGAGAUCAACGGGAACGCUGUCAAAUGGUCACGGCAAUUCGAUGAGAAGGAUGACUCUUACCGGAGACGCUCUGGCCGGGCACGAAAGCAGACAGUGUAUAUGGGCAAGAUAUCUUGGGACGACGCACGGGAGUUGAAAAAAACGAGGAAGAGCUUUACGGUACGAGUGCGGAGGGCUGAUCCGUCUCUACGGGAAGAGUUUCAAUCUGUCGAUCUCAGUGAUAAGGAAACUGAGGGAGAGGUUUCUUUACUUCCUGAACAGACAGAAAUAGGCUCGACAUCGACAGAUGAGCCAGGAACAAAGGUAGCUUGCCAAAAACCGGCUGUUCCAGACUCUCAAGGCGCGGCGACUCCAUCUAAUAGCAGCGCUCCUCAAAGAUCACAAUCCAAAAACGCCAAGGAGCCAAACCCUUUCACUCAAAGUAUGAUUCCGACAACGGAGCUUUCAGACGAUGAGGCACCACUCGCUCUUUCGAGAAUCAGAGUUGCCAGGUGGCAAAACACAGUUCCAAUGGCAGUCUCUCCUGUAUCUGGCGUGCCAACUGGGCAUCGCGAACGCUCUGCGGAGCCCAUUGAUGCUACGAGUGCUCCACCGAAGAACAACAACUCACAAUCCCCUGAAGCUAAAAUCAUAGUUUGCAUGGUAGAUCACACCAUGCAGCCGUCCAAACGGAAGCAUGGAAGACCAAAAGGCUCAACUUCUUCAGCGAAAGCAACGCCCUCUAAAUCUUCCAUUCCAGUACGAAUCGAAGAGGUCAAAUCUACAUCACCCACAGCUAUCAUUGCUUCGACAACUGGUGACCUCCCUCAAUCCAUAAAGCGAAAAAGGGGAAGGCCAAGGAAAUCGGUUGUGGCUUCCACUAUUCAAGAUGAAACAUAUGACCCCGCGAAAGAGGUCGCCCAUGCUGAUGACGAGGUCACUGAGAACGAUCAGCAAAGGCCGGGUGAUGGAAUCCUAGACGACGAGGUUUCGAAGACGUCGCCUCAUCUGUCCCAUGAACUUCGAUGGCUCCUCAAAACCAAGCCCAAAAACUCUGCUCCUGAUAAAACAUGUGACACAUUUUUAUUCAAGUUUGUCCGACCUCAAAAGACGAAGGAGACAUUUCAGCAAGCCAAAGGUGAUAAGCCAAAGCUGCAGGACGUUGCACAGGAAGGGAAAGAAGUUCCUAAAGAUAUAGAGGAUAAUCUACAGGAACAGACCAUACUUCAGGAGCCACAGGAACUGAUACAAGAAGCCGACACUAUCAUGGGAGACGUCCCGCAAACCCGCGAAGACUCUAAAUCUAUCCAAGAUUACCAACCAUUACCCGCCAGUCCUUCUUCCCUUCCUCACGAUGACGGGACUUUUGAUGGCAUCGAACCACCAGAAGGUGAUGAGCCUGUCGAAAAUGACAGUCCUACACUUCAUAUGGUCACUGACGAUGAAGCUGUCGAGAGUGAAGAAUCUCUUCCCCCCUUACCACAGGAUGCCCCUAUUCAAGAAGCUUCGACGCCACGGAAACUGAAAGACACGAGGAGCUCUUUUAUAGAACCGCCAUCAAGUUCACAGAAACCCCACACACCCCGCCACAGACAUAUCCACACAAAUCGGGCUCCAUCUUCACGCCGCUCCCUUCUCUCCUUUGUGUCAGAUUCGGAUUCAGAUACAGAAGGUUCCCGGGAUGAGCUGACUCGAAGAGUCAAAUCCCAUUCAAAGUCGGCAAGCGUUCGCCCAUCAUCAAAGAAGAUGAGACCUGCUACUCUGACCAGAGAAGUUCAUAGGACGCCCAGUAAGAGACGUGUUCAUGAGGUCUCCGGUCCCGGCGGCGCGGUAAAGACGCCUGGCGGCACAAUAAGAACAUGUGGUGUGGAUGGAUAUCACUGCGGCCGAGACUAUUGCUUCACUUGCAUUUGA